CACUGGCGUUGCGUCUUAAAACGCGUGAUAAGUUAAAUAGCUUUUUGAGAUACCUGCGUUAACGGUUCUAUUCCGUCGCGAGCUUUAUUUAACACUUUCUCAUCAUUUAAGACGUAGCGCGUUAGCAGUGCGGUCAGUUUUAUUGAUUUCAGCGGCAGCGUUGUAGUUUGGUUGGUUGCGUCGCGUGCAGAGGCGUGGGGAGGGUUUGGCUGGCCAAAUGCGCUAAUAGACACCAAUGUCUUGAAAAGCCGCUUCUGUGUGCAUGAUAGAAUGAAGACGCUGAGACUCUCAAACGCCUAGACAUUUCACACAACCGAGGUUGCGAAAAGAUUCCUUAAAUCUGAUAAUAAAUGGACGCACCAGGAGCGGGAGCAUUCCCGAUCCACUUGUCACCGAGGGAGAGCAAUUAUUGGAAAUAAUGGGGAAUACAACACCCAAACCACUAAUAGAUGCCAAUCUACAGCAUCGCUCAGUGGCCAGUCGGCAGUACUGCACAGUGUCCACCAGUGGAGCAGAGCGCCGCUCAUCUGCCCCUCCAGUCAGCAUCGAGUCUCCACGCUUUCAUCCUCACGCCAAGGGCAAGAACAUUCGGCUGGACGCACAUCUGCGCCGGGCCACCCGCAAGAACAGCUUCUGCAAUGGCAUCACUUUCAGUCAGCGUCCUGUGCGCCUGUACGAGAAGGUGCGAUUGCGCCUCUCGGGAGUCCACACAGGCUGGAGUGGGGCUCUCCGGUUUGGUUUCACCAGUUUAGACCCCAGUGAGCUUUCCUUAGCUGACAUCCCCAAAUAUGCUUGCCCCGACCUGGUGACACGGCCAGGAUACUGGGCCAAGGCUCUGCCAGAGAGGCUGGCCAUGCGGGACAAUGUUCUGGCCUUCUGGGCGGACCGACACGGCCGGGUCUUCUACAGUAUUAAUGACGGAGAGCCCAUUCUCUUCCACUGUGGCCUAAGAGUUGGCUGCCCGGUCUGGGCCAUCAUAGACAUCUACGGAAUUACACAGGAAGUGACAUUACUGGAGAGCACAUUUGCUGAGAGCGUAGGCGCGAGCUGUCUGAGUACCGCCCGACUCAGUGCCUAUCUGCCCCAGAGCAACCACGACUCUGCCAACUACAGUAACAACCAGCUAGAGACCAACCAGGCUGCCGCUGCAAAAUUUGCCACACUACAACUUAGCAACUACAACCAGUUGAUCCCCUGCUGCUCCACCUCCUCUACCCCCUCUUCAUCUGUCCAUAGGCCUGCCCGCAGCCUCUCCUUGCCCCUCGACGUCGACCUACAUUUUCACCCUGUGCGAGGCCCUGAUGUGGUUCUCUCAAAUGAUCGCACAGUUGCUUGUACUCACUUUCUGGACAGCAGCAGGACUCUGAUGUUCAGCGACAGGCCUGUUCGGGUGGGCGAGACUCUGUACUUGGAGGUGGGCCAUCUGGGCUUGCCGUACUUUGGAGCUCUACUAUUUGGCAUGACCUCUUGUGAUCCUGGUACUCUUAGUGCUGGGGAGUUGCCAGCAGACCCAGAGCUGCUUCUGGACCGUAAGGAGUACUGGGUGGUCUACAGGGGUUUUCCUGUGCCCACAGCAGGUGAUGUGCUCAGUUUCACCUUUCUGGCCAACGGGGAGGUACAUCAUGGGGUCAAUGGAGUGGCGCGUGGUCGUCUCCUGUGUGUUGACUCCUCUCAGGUUCUGUGGGCCUUCUUCACGCUGCAUGGAGCUGUGAACCGACUCAGGAUAUUAGGAACGGUUCAGGCCAGCCCACCCACCUCUCCAUCAGUGUCUCAAGGAUCAACGCCUGAUGACAGUGACUCUGAUCUGGCUUUCAGUGUCAACAGAUCAUCUUCAGCAUCUGAGUCCUCUCUUGUGACGGCUCCCAGCUCUCCUCUCAGUCCUCCAGUGUCCCCUUGUCUGUCCUCAUCAGACGCUCCUUUGAGCAGCAAGAGCAGCGAGUGCACUGUGUGCUUCGAUCAGGAGGUAGACACGGUCAUCUAUACCUGUGGACACAUGUGUUUGUGUAAUGACUGCGGACAGAGGCUCAAGAGGCAGAUCAAUGCGUGCUGUCCGAUCUGUCGGAGACCCAUCAAGGACGUUAUAAAAACCUACAGACCGUGAAGAGACUACAACAGCUUCUAUCAAAGGUUUCAUUGCAGAACUCAGAGCUGUGGUAUCUAGACUGAACUGUAUGUAGCUUUUAUUCAGUAGCAUUAAGUUCUUGUCAAUAUUUCUCUCGCCUCAUAUUUUAAUCGCAGGUCAUCUGAAGCCAAAUGUAACUGAUGAUUAAUGGGUUAGUUCACCCAAAAAUAGAAAUUCUGUUAUUAAUUACUCACCUUAUGUUGUUUCAGUCCCCUGAGAACUUGGUUUUUUUUGGAAUACAUUAAGAUAUUCUAGAUAAAAUCUGAGAGCUCUCUCAUUCUCCAUACAAGUCCAGAAAAUGAACCAAAAAUAUUGUCAAAACAUUCCAUGUUACUUUGGUAGUUUAACUGUAAUCAUAUAAAGCUCCAAAAACACUUUUGCAUGGGAAAAAACUAUAAAAAUUACUUUGUUCGCCUGUGUUUUCUCUUCCACGUCAGGUCAGGGUGCAUAUUUAUACUACCUGACAAAAGUCUUGUCAACGAUCCCAGUUGUAAAAAAUUGGUAAGAGCAAAUAAUAACUUGACUUCUAGUUGAUCAUUUGGAAAAGUGGCAGAAGGUAGAAUUUUUGUUGAACUGCACACCAAUCAUCACAAAUAAUGCAGAAAACCUAUUGAAACGAACGGACACAAGAUUAUCAUAGAAAUCAGUCAAGUUUGGUAAGGGAAAAACCAUGGUUUGGGUUACAUUCAGUAUGGGUGUGGGGGAGUUCUGCAGAGUGGAUGGCAACAUCAACAGCCUGAGGUACCAAGAUAUUUGUGCAGCCCAUUACUGUACAUUACAAACCACAGGAAAGGGCAAAUUCUUCAGCGGGAUUGCACUCCUUCUCAUACUUCAGCCUCCACAUCAAAGUUCCUGAAAGCAAAGAAUGUCAAGGUGCUCCAGGAUUGGCCAGUCCAGUCACAAGACAUAAACAUUAUUAGGCAUGUCUGUGGUAAGAUGAAGAAGGAGGCAUUGAAGAUGAACCCAAAGAAUCUUGAUUAACUCUGGGAGUCCUGCAAGAAUACUUUCUUUGCCAUUCCAGAUUAGUAAGUUAAUUGAGUCAUUGCAGAGAUGUAUGGAUGCAGUCCUCCCAGAUCAUGGGAGUCAUACAUAAUAUUAAUUUUUUUCCACUUACUGUCCUAUUUAAAUAAUUAAAAAUCAAGGCAUGAUCAUAUUUUAUUUUGGUAAAAUAAGGGUAAUUUAGAGGCCUUUGCCUUUCAUAUAAGACACUUCUGAUACCAAAUGAUCAAUUUAAAGUGAAGUUAUUACUUGUUGUUUCUAAAACUUAGGCGAGAAGACUUGUCAGGUAGUGUACUAUGGGCAAUACAAGUUAUUGGUGAUAAGGUCAGCAGUACAACACACACAAAACAAUAGUUUUGCACCGUAGAAAACGUACACCUGAAAUGGAAGACAUUGUCAAACAAAGUCAUUUUUUUCCUUUGCUGGACUUUGAACCUCUCUGGGCCAUUACUGUUUAUGGAGGGUGAGAGAGCUCCAGGAUUUCAUCUAAAGUAUCUUAAUUUGUGUUCCAAAGAUGAACAAAAUCUCAGGGGUUUUGAAAUAACAUCAGGGUGAGUAAUUAAAGGCAAUUUUUUUCUUUUGGGUGAACUAACCACUUAAUGGAUUAUGAGGUUAUUCUCAAUUUAGUGCCUUUAACUUUGUUGUUAUUCCUAAAGCAGGACCUAUUGAAUUCGACAAUCAUAUCUGAGAUGUAUGGAAUAAUUGUGAGGGACCUCGAGGUAAAAUUGCGCAAAUGAUUUGUUUUGCAAGUGAAUAACACACAGGGCUACAAAUGUGAUUUUGUAUGUUAUUUUAAAGAGAAGAAAUUAUUGUUUGAUAUUCUGAUUGCUGUGUUAAAGUGAAGAAGGAUUUGCUUUGUAACAUUUGAAGGGUUUAGAGAUUUGUUGCACUUAUAACUAAAGAGGUAAACUCCACACUAAAACGCAUCUGUUGCUCAGACUGAAGUGAUUUCAGAUGUGCAGCAGGAGGACUGCAUUUUAAGUAAGAGCAAAAGUCACUUGUUUGUAUAAUGGAGUGAUGUGGUGUUGUAUUUAAUGUCAGAUUUUUUCCCUCUGUCAUUUUAUCCUUAACUUUGACUUUUUGUCCAGCAAAUUGUAUAAAAUGAAACCAUAAACUACAGGUUUAUUCUUUAAAGUA